CUGACAGCAAAACAAAGCCAUCCGCUCGCUCUUCUCCACAUACUCAACAGAUGUUCGUCAUAAUCACACUGUUCCUCGAGGUUCGAGUGAACCUGACUGCCACACACACUUGCACACUUACGUACACACAUAAACAUACACGCUCAGUGUUUUGCACAGCUGUCAUGGUUAUAAAUAGAGUUCCAGAAGUGCGUUACACGCGUGCUUGAUUUGUUUUAUUAAGAACUGCGCCCCUAUAAGGUGGCACGGUCGGCUUCGAACCCCGAUACUCACGGCUCGCUUGCAUCCACGGCGCUGUACGCCAUGAAAUAUAGGCCAAAUCCAGAUGCACGCAGCUGUGUAAAUCCCCGUCGUGAAAAUUGCCUAGCGGGUUUUUUUUUCCCGCCCAUGUCAUUGGCCGCCGGCUGGCCUGAAUACUGGUGGAUCUGCAUGUGUGAGCAUGUGAGUUGCCACUUAUCACGCCAUCUCCCCUCCCUCUCGAAUACAGUCGUCUCCCAGUCGUUUGUCCGGCAUUUUCAUAAGCCGGUGGAUGGUGUUAUUUUUUCCCCUCUUUCUCACACGGUCUGCUCACAUCAGUCCACACGGCCAGUCGUGACUCCGCGCUCUCGCCCUCCCCGAAGUCAUUCCAACCGUCUCUGCCACGGCACUGACAGGCACCUGCACCAUGCGCACACUGAAAGACAGCAGUUGGAUGAAGUUUGGGCCGGCCGGCCGGGGAACCUACGACUGGGUGACGGGGGCUCCGUCGCCCCCAUCUCUGGAGAAGCAACUCCAGGGUUACCACUGGAAUGAGCUCUCCAACAAUGAGGACACCAAGUCAGAACUGAUCCUCUACAUCGCCCUAUCGGCCACGACCCUCCUCGCUUUCUGCUUCUUGUGUUUCCUUCUCUUCCGGAGGUGUUCGCAGAGCAAGCUGAGCCUAUCUAACAUCAUCGCGCUGGACUUCCAGGACGCUGAGAGCGGCGUCGAGAUCCUCUCCUCGUUGACCAGUAGGUGCGAGAGGCUUCCGAGCACCAGCUCCGACGUGUCCGAAGGAGUCUUCCUCAUGGUGUACCUCCCGCCGCCCUACGAGGACACGCUCACCAAGAUCACCCGCGCAGCAAGCCUCACCAGCUCCAAAGACGUUGAGUCGAUGAAGAUAGAAGACCUGGAGGCCAAGUUGUGCCCGGAGAUCAAAUCUAGCGGGCGCUAUGUGUGACUGAUGGGCUGGCGGUCAAAUUAGACAUUCAACCGCUAAUUUCAAUUAAGAUUUGUGUCAAUCUACAUGUAUUUUUCACAGAUUAAUGCCCACCUGUCGUUAUGUAACGUGAACACAAAAGGAGAACGAACUGUGCUAGGCAAAGGGAUUCCAACAGCAGUAAUUUAUGGCGCUGGAAACCACACGGCUAUCUCUGGAUUACUUGUAAGCCAUCCGAGCAGCUAAAAGAUGUUGCUCUUGGUGAUUAUGCCACUGGAACGCUCACACUCAGGAGAAUGGUCUACCAUGCAGACUCACCAUGGUAUGAGAUCCAAGGAAGCAAGACUGUAGGACGUUGGGUUAGAUAAGCAGUCAGCGCAGAGGAUCAAUUUAUGGACGUGUAACACCAUAUACAAAAUGCAUUUGGUCUAAAAUAAUCCUUUAAGUCUAGAUGUCACAUUUCCCCCUUCUUUGAUUCAGGCCUGUGGCUUGUCUGGUUCAGAGGGAACUAAAUGUGAGAGGGGAGGCGAUGUAAGUGGAAGUUAGCUAUACCCGAGGUGUAAUGACACUUCUUCGUUUCAUUUUUACUUCAUGUUUCCCUUUCACGCGUAUCUAUCUCUCUAUCUUUCUAUCUAUCUAUCUAUCUAUGUAUAUCUAUCUUUCUAUCUCUCUAUUACUCUCUCUCUCUCUCUUUCUCUAUCUAUCUAUCAAAAUUGACUUUGAGUAUGAUCACAUUAUAUCAUCCUUUGAUCCUUUCUAAUUACUCUAUUAAAUAACCUGUCUGAUAAAAUUGAUUGUAACAUUGAUUGUAAUACCGAUACAAUGAAUUAAAAAAUCCUUUUAUUAAAGGAUUCUUUUGAUUCACAUAA